AUGUCUCUCCAAGUUUUUUCAAGAAUUCUCCGUCCCUUGGGGGCCACAACUUCUCGACAGUCUCUUCGAAGUGCUGCUCGCUACACACAAGCAAAAACAGAAACUUCCAAAGAGGAAUGGGGAACGUUAGUUCUGGGGCUUGGUCUCCUGUCAACUGCAAUUGUAUGGGUAAGGUUCAGAAUUCGGAUUCAAUCGGUUGUAAAGUAACGUUGUUUCUUCCGCCAUGUCUCAGCGCGCGAGCAUGGCCACUGUCUCUACUGGAUAAUUGCUGGGUAUUGUUAUCAACUCUUGCUUGCGUUUAGGUAAGGCAGAGGUUUUAAGCGUUUUUUUUUUCAACAAAAGAAGGAGAGAUUAUGUUACUUUUUUCAAUGAAAGAUCUGUAGUUGAAAGUUCAAUAGUUGGUAACUUUUGCGUCAUGCCCUUUUCGCCUUCUACUGUGAAACGUGCUGUUUUGCACGCACAUCAGCUGUGAGGGAGCAAGGCGACUGCCGACAGUGGAGACUCUACUUUAUGUUUAUUGUGAAUCAUAACAGUUAUUUGCGUGUUUUAGUGUUGGGAAAAUGCGUUUACAUGUGCCUGCGAAAAGAAAUCACAAAAAUUUGGGAACGAGACGCACUUGUUUACAUUGGUUAAGUGAUAAUUAAUGCAUAAUGAUUUUUUAGGCACGCAACGUAAAACGUUUUACAGGUUACAGUUUGCAAGCGCGAUGGGUUAAAAUUUAGUCAAGCAAAUAUUCACGCGAAAAAAAAAAAAAAAUUCAAUCAAGGUGUUAUUCAAAAUAGAGUUGAUUUCAGGUUAGGCCCUUUGAGACUUCAGUACCUUCGAAGAUGUCAGAAUUGAAAAAAAAAUUAUGCAAUAUCACAUCUACUACCCGAAAUCACGUUUACGAAUAUUUAAUAAUUUGGUUUUUUUCUCUGCAGUCAACUAAAGAAGGUGCCUGGUCAAUAAACAUGACUCCUGCUGAGCGAGCUAAGGUAAAGAGCACUCUUUGUCAUCAGUUUGUGAACACUGUGCAUUAUAGACUUUUGUUUCAGUUGGCCCUUAAAUGUUCCUGAUGCAGUCAUAAAAUCCUUUUAUUACAAACGUUAAUUCUCUUUUAACUGCGUUAGCCACCCACCCCCUGCCCCCCUGCCACACACUCCCCCAGUCGACCCCCUCAUCCCUAGCCCCAGUCUCCCUGAUCCUUUCCAUCAUCCCCGGCUCUUGUGACCCUGACUUUCUCUGAGUUAAAAACAACAUGAUUUAUUUUUCAGCUGGAAGAACAGGAAGCUGGAGGGCAAUGAAUGACUGAACUGCACACGGCUGUCAGCCUAAAGACUUAGAACUUUAUAGCUCAGGUCUCAUUGAAAAAUGUGAAAAUUUAUGGUAGCCACAGGAACCUACUGGUAGUUGGAAUUAUGGUUUUUGUUAUUAAGGUGUGCUGAUCAAGAUUAUCUCAUAAUUUGGACUAAAAUAAUUAUAUGUGAUCAAAAGAAAAAUAAUUUUAAAUGAAAUUUAUUUGGUUCCAGCAGGCCCUGUUGCUUUUGUCUAGUCUGUUUUUUGUAUUAAUUUUGUCAAUCCAUAGUUGUACAUUUUAGGAGCUGUAAAAAACUGAGUUACCCUCAAACUAUUUCAUUGUAAAGUCUUUGAGUUGCAC